GUGCGAGCCUCCCGGCGCUGCAAGCCACUUCCGCCAGCUACCCAACUGGCCGGGAAUAUCUGCCCGCGGCCGGUCCGUGCGACCCGCGCCUGCCGGCCCCUCCAGCGCCGCCCUUCCUGCGUGACCCAGGGGCUGCGGUGAUGGACUGGCCUCUUUCGGGUCCGACAUUCUGUGUCUGUCCCUUCUUUUCUCUCGAUCUCCACGCUUGUGCUCUUUGAUUAUGCUUCUCAAUUCGUCCCUCGUUGCCUACACUCCCGUCGGCUGAGGCUUGGGCAGAGUUCGGAGCGACCCAGUUUGGGAUGGAGCUGCAGGUUAAGGUCCCUCGAUUCCCGCGAAGGCUCCUCUAGGAGCCGCUCAGAAGAACCUUCUCUCCCGCUGCAAGGCUUAAGGACUCGGGCCAGGUCAGACCGUGGAGGCCGGGGCCUUGGCCACCCGAGGAAGCACCUGACGAGAGUUCUCCUGGGCUCGCCAGGGCCCAACACAGGGCUGGUUUCUCAGGAGGGGCAACACUGGACCAACUUUUCAUUCGUUCGUUCAUUCAUUCAGUCAUUCAGCAAGCAUCCGACUUUGGGUACCAUUCACUGUCUUAGGUCCAGAUCUGCUUCAGUCAGUUGCGAUUCUGAGGGUGUCCCAGAAAAAUAUCUGAAGAUAGCCACUCAAGAAAACACCAUGAAAGAUACUGACAUCAAGAGACUACUAUAUGUCCAUCUAUUAUGCAUAUUUUCAAUUAUCCUAAGCAUCUUCAUUCCAUCAUUCUUCUUGGAGAACUUCUCAGUACUGGAAACACACUUGACAUGGUUGUGCAUCUGUUCUGUUUCUGUAACUGCCGUCAAUUUAGUAUUGUAUUUAGUAGUGAAACCAAAUGCAUCUUCUAAAAGAAGUUCAUUAUCAUACAAGGUAACCAGAUUUUUGAAAUGCUGUAUCUACUUUCUUAUGUCUUGUUUUGCCUUUCAUGUAAUUUUUGUUCUAUAUGGAGCACCACUAAUAGAGUUGGCGUUGGAAACAUUUUUACUCGCAGUUACUUUGUCCACUUUUACUACUGUACCUUGUUUAUGUUUGUUAGGACCAAACUUCAAAGCAUGGCUAAGAGUUUUCAGUAGAAAUGGGGUUACAUCCAUUUGGGAGAAUAGUCUCCAGAUCACUACAGUUUCUAGUUUUCUAGGAACAUGGCUUGGAGCCUUUCCUAUUCCACUCGAUUGGGGAAGACCAUGGCAGGAAUGGCCCAUCUCCUGCACGCUUGGAGCGACCUUUGGCUACGUGGCUGGCCUUGUUACUUCACCACUCUGGAUAUACUGGAAUAGAAAGAAACUUACAUACAAGAACAAUUAAUUGGAGCAAAGGGAGAAGAUAUUUCUUUGUGCAGAUUCCAUAAAGACUGUGCAGACAUGUAUAUGGUCUAAGCCAGGCAGUUCCACUUAACAGCACUGUUUUUUAUAUAGUUACAACAUGAUGUGAUUGUAGCUUUUUAAACUAUGAAACCCCUGAGAGAUUGUACCUUCUAGUUGAAAUAAAGUAUUUAUAAUAGA